CUUCGUAGACUCUAUGAAUGAAUGUAAAGUUUUCCAUAGUGGCCUGGUGCUACCCGAUUAUUCAUGGAGGGAAAAGGGCAAGCGGGCAAGAGACCUGCCGGAGCCAGAGGUGGGAAGUUCACUGGGUCCUUAAGAAGGAUGAGUGGUUCUUUUAAACGCACAUCAUUAAGGGGCUCAUCUUCUGGAUCCCAAAAGGGUCAAAAGGCUUGGAUAGAAAAAACAUUUUCCAAAAGAGAAUGCAUCUACAUAGUUGCCAACAGCAAAGACAGCAACAGGUGUUACUGCGGCCAACUUAUUACACAGCAUAUCCCACUUCCCCAAAAUGCUACGGCUAAUAAGAAUGGAGAAGCAAGCAAGCAGUUGGAAACUGUGCCUGAAAAAUGGUCAAUUGCUAAACACACCCAGCUAAGCCCUACAGAUGCGUUUGGAAUUCUGGAGUUCCAAGGUGGAGGACACUCAAACAAGGCCAUGUAUAUCCGUGUAUCUUACGACACAAAGCCUGACUCCUUGCUUCACCUCAUGGUUAAGGAGUGGCAGUUAGAACUACCUAAACUAUUGAUAUCUGUACACGGAGGACUCCAGAAUUUUGAAAUGCAGCCUAAACUGAAGCAAGUAUUUGGAAAAGGGUUAAUUAAGGCUGCCAUGACUACCGGAGCCUGGAUAUUCACCGGUGGUGUCAGUACAGGUGUUAUUCGCCAUGUGGGAGAUGCCUUGAAAGAUCAUUCUUCCAAGUCCAGAGGACGUAUAUGUGCCAUAGGAAUUGCGCCAUGGGGUAUUGUAGAAAAUAAAGAAGACCUUAUUGGGAGAGAUGUAACAAAACCUUAUCAAACAAUGUCUAACCCCUUGAGUAAACUCUCUGUGCUAAACAACACCCACACACACUUCAUCCUUGCGGACAAUGGUACCCUAGGUAAAUACGGAGCAGAAGUUAAAUUACGGCGCCAACUGGAAAAACAUAUAUCUCUGCAGAAAAUUAAUACACGACUAGGGCAAGGAGUGCCAGUAGUUGCCCUGAUCGUUGAAGGAGGUCCCAACGUGAUUUCAAUAGUUCUAGAAUGUUUACGUGAAGAACCUCCCAUCCCUGUGGUGGUUUGUGAUGGAAGUGGACGCGCUUCUGACAUCCUAUCUUUUGCUCACAAGUACUCAGAGGAAGCUGGGAUAAUCAGUGAAUCUCUCCGUGAUCAACUCCUCGUUACCAUCCAGAAAACAUUCAAUUAUAGCCGGAAUCAAUCUCACCAACUUUUCAUUGUUUUGAUGGAAUGUAUGAAGAAGAAAGAACUGAUAACUGUCUUUCGUAUGGGAUCUGAAGGUCAACAAGACAUUGAAAUGGCUAUCUUAACUGCUCUUCUGAAAGGAACAAAUGCAUCUGCUCCGGAUCAGUUAAGUUUGGCAUUAGCGUGGAACAGGGUUGAUAUUGCCCGUAGCCAAAUUUUUGUCUUUGGACAUCAAUGGCCGCCUUUAGGAAGCCUUACGGCAGCUGAUGGGUCGGCUCAGGAUAAAGAGAAGAGAUCACCAGUUGCCCAAGCUAAAGCACCCAGAGGAAAGGCCAAAGGAAAGAAAAAAGGAAAAGGCAAAGAUGAGCCUGAAGAAGAAACAGAUCCUAGGAAGAUUGAACUUCUUAACUGGGUGAAUUCCCUAGAACAAGCCAUGAUGGAUGCUCUGGUGUUAGAUCGGGUGGAUUUUGUAAAGCUUCUAAUUGAAAAUGGAGUUAACAUGCAACGCUUUCUCACAAUUCCCCGGCUAGAAGAACUGUAUAACACAAGAUUGGGUCCGCCAAACACUCUUCAUUACCUUGUGAGAGAUGUGAAGAAGGGUAAUCUUCCACCGGAUUAUCAUGUCAGUCUGAUUGAUAUCGGUCUUGUGCUUGAGUACCUCAUGGGAGGAGCUUACCGCUGCCACUACACCAGGAAAACCUUUCGAACUCUGUAUAAUAACUUGUUCGGACCAAAGAGGCCUAAAGCUCUUAAGCUUCUGGGAAUGGAGGACGAUGAGCCUCCCAACAAAGGAAAGAAAAAGAAGAAAAAGAAAGAAGAAGAAAUAGAUAUAGAUGUUGAUGACCCUGAGGUUAGCCGGUUCCAGUACCCAUUCCAUGAAUUGAUGGUGUGGGCUGUGCUCAUGAAACGACAAAAGAUGGCUCUCUUUCUAUGGCAACGUGGCGAGGAGACCAUGGCUAAAGCACUAGUAGCUUGCAAACUGUAUAAAUCCAUGGCUCACGAAUCUUCAGAGAGUGAUCUUGUUGAUGAUAUAUCCCAGGACUUAGACAACAACUCCAAGGAUUUUGGCCAGCUUGCCGUUGAAUUGCUAGAUCAAUCAUACAAACAUGAUGAGCAGGUUGCCAUGAAACUCUUAACCUAUGAACUGAAGAACUGGAGUAAUUCCACCUGUUUAAAGUUAGCUGUUGCAGCCAAACAUCGGGACUUCAUAGCACACACCUGCAGCCAGAUGCUACUAACAGACAUGUGGAUGGGUCGCCUUCGCAUGAGAAAAAACCCAGGCCUUAAGGUAAUAUUUGGAAUUCUUCUACCCCCGACCAUACUGUUCCUGGAGUUCCGUUCACACGAUGACCUUUCGUUUCACACAUCAAAGGAAUAUGAAGAAGGAAAAGAGAAGGAAGAAGACAACAUGGAUGGGAAUGCAGAUGUUAACUCCAGAAAGGGUGACGAAGAGAAUGGCAACAGGAAACAAAGAAGCAUUCCAAUAGGGACAAAGAUUUAUGAGUUCUACAAUGCCCCCAUCGUCAAGUUCUGGUUUUAUACAAUUUCUUACUUAGGAUAUUUAAUGUUAUUUAAUUAUAUCAUCUUGGUGAAGAUGGAGCGAUGGCCUUCUGUUCAGGAAUGGGUGGUUAUUUCCUAUAUCUUGACAUUGGGAUUAGAGAAAGUGAGAGAGAUCCUGAUGUCAGAGCCAGGAAAGCUGAGUCAGAAAGUGAAAGUUUGGCUACAAGAGUACUGGAAUAUCACCGAUCUCGUUGCCAUUUCAGUUUUCAUAAUUGGAGCAAUUCUUCGACUCCAAAACCAACCCUACAUGGGAUAUGGCAGGGUUAUUUACUGUGUAGAUAUCAUUUUUUGGUAUAUUCGAGUACUCGAUAUUUUUGGUGUCAACAAAUACCUUGGACCCUAUGUCAUGAUGAUUGGAAAGAUGAUGAUUGACAUGCUCUACUUUGUGGUCAUCAUGCUGGUAGUGUUGAUGAGUUUCGGUGUAGCUCGACAGGCUAUUCUGCACCCGGACGAGGAGCCCUCCUGGAGACUAGCACGCAACAUCUUUUAUAUGCCUUACUGGAUGAUCUAUGGAGAAGUGUUUGCAGACCAGAUAGACCUUUAUGCAAUGGAGAUUAAUCCUCCAUGUGGUGACAAUCUAUAUGAUGAAGAUGGGAAACGUCUGCCGCCUUGCAUUCCUGGAGCUUGGCUGACGCCGGCAAUCAUGGCCUGUUAUCUGUUGGUGGCAAAUAUACUCUUAGUGAAUCUACUGAUUGCGGUGUUUAACAAUACAUUUUUUGAAGUAAAGUCGAUUUCAAAUCAAGUUUGGAAGUUCCAACGUUACCAGCUCAUUAUGACAUUUAACGAUCGCCCUGUUCUGCCUCCUCCUAUGAUCAUCUUCAGCCAUCUCUAUAUUAUUCUCAAACGGAUUUGCUGUCGCUGCAGGAAAAUUCAUGAAGGGGAUCAAGAUGAGCGUGACAGAGGGCUAAAACUGUUUCUAAAUGAUGAAGAGUUGAAGAAAUUGUACGAGUUUGAAGAGCAAUGUGUGGAGGAGUAUUUUCAAGAAAAAGAAGAUGAGCAGCAAUCUUCCAAUGAUGAGCGGAUUAGGGUGACAUCUGAAAGAGUUGAAAAUAUGUCCAUGCGGCUGGAAGAAGUCAAUGAGAGGGAGCAUUUCAUGAAGGCUUCUCUUCAAACUGUAGACCUUCGACUUUCACAGCUGGAAGAGUUGUCUGGCAGAAUGGUGAACGCACUAGAAAAACUUGUUGGCAUUGAUAAAUCGGAGUUGAUUCAUGUCCGUUCCCGAGCUUCCUCAGACUGCGAUGCAGCCUAUCUCCUCAGACAAGGCAGUGUAAACAGCUCCGAUGGUAAUAGCAUGUACAAAUAUCAGGUUGAAACAGAGGAGCCAACAUGUGAUGAUAGUGCAAGUCCAGUAUCCCCAGCAUUGGCCCUUCGGAGGAAAGCCUAUUCUUUUGGAAUGAAGACAGAGAAAGAUGAAGAUCAGAAACAACUGGUCCCAAGACAGGCAAGCCUACGCUACACUUCUAGUGCUAACACUGUUACAGCAAAAGACUUCAACGAUGUUAACUUAGGGAUCAUUUCACAGACGACAAGACCUAUUUCCUGCAUGGAUAUUUGGAAUCAAGAUGUUAAUAAGCAGCUUAUAAACAGUGAAAAUACAAUUUGCCAAAGUUCUAAGCAAACAGAUGACCUUUUCAAUGGCCAAUCAGUAGCAGGAAUCACAUCUACUAGCUCCGCAAGGUUCUCAAAUUCCCACCUGACAGUAGAAAGGACAAAGUUGGAAGCAACCAUAUCAUAUCCUUUGGAGAAGUCGAAGGCUAUGAAAUAUUAUCCCGGUGAAUCAAUUAACACCUGUCAAACAACCAUGACUAAAUCUAGAAGUUUCAUAUUUACACAGGGAGGAAAACUAGUCGGUGGAGUUAACAACUGGACAGCAGAAUAUAGCACUAUCUUGGAUCAAUUAAGCCCAACUACAGUGGAAGAGUGGGCCGAAAAGUUGAAUUCCCAAGGAAGGGAUUCUUGCAAACAGAGUCCAGAGAUUCCAAGCCUGGAAUCAGAAGCUGAACUUGAAGCAGAGUUGAAACCUUUAUUGACAGACACAGAGGAUGACAGCGACAUUGGAGAAAUAGGAAAUAGUGCCUCUUAUCCUUGUACACCUUUCAAUGAAAGAAUAGAGACCGAACACCUACUGUCUGUGAAGCCAGACAGGACUUGUGGCUUUGCGUCUCCAAGAUCAAAGAGUUUACAUAGUCACUCAAAGAAGUCUCGCUCCAUAAUGGAUAAGUUAGAGAGACCCGGCCACGCCAGUAGUGUAAUGAACAUUGUAGUGGCAUGCGGUAGUGCAGUAGAUGACACAAAAUCAAAGCAAGAAAAUGCCUCCACAGAAACAGAAUGUUAAAAUGGUAUAUCGCAUAAACACUGUCCAUAAUAGAGUACUUACAAAAUCUUAAACUAUAAAAAUAUGUCAUUUGUAACCACUAAUAAAAAUUAUGUUGUUGCUAUGAGAUACAUUUCCUAACGGAGUGUAAAGUAAGACAGAGUAUAUAGCAUUGUUACAAACAGAACAUGUUAUAUGGUAUCAUGUCAGUGUAAACUAAGACAGAGCGACAACUUGCAAAUAUACAGUUGGUAAUAUAAGCUAACCCUUUGUUUUACAGAUCAAUGCAUUCCAAUGUUGUUACUUACAUUGAUGGGUGUAAAAAUAUUCUUGCUAAACUACUUUUUUUAGUUAGCUGAGUAUGCCACUUUAAGUAUACCACUAUUGACGUAUGUGAUAAAAUGGAACACUGAAUAACCAGUUGUUAUGUAACUUUACAUAUUGUGUUGAGAAACAGGCUAUGUCCUCACACUGAUUUUGGGACGUGUGGCAAUCAGGCAAAAUUUGUGACAGUUGGUCUGCAGGACAUAGAUUCCAAUGUUCAAACCAUCCAAGCCAAAUCUGGACAGUUGCCAAUUAUGCUUAAAGAGCAGAUAAUACAUUUUGCAGUAAUAAUAAGUGCACUGAAUGAACCUGUUACUCAUAAAUAUUUGGGGCAGAUACUGAGAACAUAUACCAAUUAUCUCUAUAUGGUGUUUGCAAAAUUGCAAAAUGAAUAGUUCGGUAGGUCUGCUGCUUCCGCUUUCUGUGACAUCUUCUGGUAAGCAUGGGUGACUUCCAUAAUUGGUGAUAUAUGUAUGCCCUCUUUUUGGGAUGGGUGAGCUGUGUCCUAGGUGGCUAUAUUUGUCUUGGAUGACUUCUGUCUAGACUGGAUGAGCUCUAUUUAGGAUGAGCUACCUCUUUCUGGGAUAGAUGAGAUCUCUCAUGAGUGAGUGACCUCUCUCUUGUUUGGAAGACCUUUCUCUAGAUUCGAUGAACUCCAUAUGGAAUAAAUGAUCUCUGUGGAUGAGCACAUCUCAACAGGAUGGUGAACUUGCUCUUGCCCGUAACUUGCUUCUUGAAUUAUAUUUAAAAGUCUUUUGAACCAGAUGAAAGUGCAAUAGAAGGAAGUAUAAUGCUGUUGAUGUGCACAAGUUGCUUCUUAACUAAUUUGUUAUUGUGUCAUUAACAUCAUACCUACAUUAAAUGCUUAUAAAUUGAAUGACAAAUAAGCCAUUGUAAAUUUUGAAAAAGCAAACAAAAAAAAAUCUUUAGCAGAACCAUAGUUAACUUUUAUUAGCCAUAUGGUUGUGCCAAAAUUAGAGGAAUUGAUAGUUCCUUUUUAAUAAGACAUUUUAUUGGUGGAAGAUGGAGUCAACUCAAGGAAGUGCACACUGCUAGAAUAGAACAUCUUGCUCCUCCUAGGCCUGUGACAAUACUUUAGAAUUUCACCAGUCACCUUACGUUGGUCAUUAGUUGCAAGACAAUGAGAUCUGUGACAAUGUUCUCUCUCUUUCAAAAUGUUAUUUUUCUACUUUUCUUCUACAACAGGGGUAGGCAACCUUAGGCACUCCAGACUA